UCAUCGUAAUUCACUGCGUGUUUCCCACUUGCACAUGGCGAUAGGAUCUGUCCUUGAACGGUUGUUAAAGUCAUAUAUAUUUUUUUCCGAUACGUCAUUGAUUUAUCAGCUGUAUGAGCGGUUCCUCCCAGCCUUUAUUUCUUGUGAAAAUGAAAAUCAGGCUGGCAACGGGUACUUUAUUGUAUGCAAAUCUUUUUUUAACUUCUCUAUUCAUCGCAGGACUUGCCAGCCGUGUUUGGAGAUCUCUGCCAUACUUGCUCUACAAAUUUAUCUCUUAAUUUAAAUCUGCCUCUAUCUACAUCUGUUUUCCGAAUUGGUUUGAUAAUAUAGAUUUCAAUAUGCAUUGUAUGAACUGUAUAAUGGUUUUGCUACAGUUGAAUGGUAGACAGACUGCCAAGAAGUCUGCGUGUUGCCCUUUCAGCUUUAUGUCUCUGGGAGUAGGUUACUCAUACAUUUAAGUAGCUUAACCUUCUAUUAAUACUUGCAUGGACUUUUCUACUCCCUUAUUUUUAUGAAAGGAGGAUGAAGUAUGGCCAGUACAGACAAACAAUAAUUUAUAUUUUACAGUUAGCCAAGAUGAAAUGUGAUCUUACUAAAAUAUUGUUUCUUGCACAACCAAAUUUUAAAUCCUCAAGUGCAAUAGUAUUCAUUUGUGUCCCAUACAUGAGCAAAGACACAUUAUAAAAUAGUCAUGAAAAUAAACGGCUUAUCUGAUAUGAUCAUUUAUUUGUUUUUGUGUUUGUCUAAAUUUAAAUGUCAUUCGCCUUCUGGAGCAACAUAUCACAAACUCUGCAUUUGAUAUUAUAUAAGGGAAGACCAUGAUGGCAGUCAUACCUGCUUCCUGACAACACAAAGAGUCACACAGAAAGAUCAUGGGAGGAUCUGCAUUUUAAAGAAAGUGAAUAUUUUGGACUACUUUUUGUCAAGCUGUCCAGUCCACAAAACAGAUGGGAAUUGGUGCUAUUGAUCCUUUCAUCUGGAAAAAUGCACUGAAUGGGAGAUUCUGCCUAAUAUGGCCAAUUGUGACCUUUACCUCUACCGGAAUGGACCCGAGUUCAUGACUUUGUUACCAUGGUGAUGAUCUUAACUACUACAACUCUGGAAAACAAAGGUGCUGAUUCUCUAUCAUGCAGGACUGAACUGCACACUCCAAAGAAGAUGAGUCAAGGAUCCACACUCUUCUCAUGUGGAAUGAUGGAAAAUGACAGAUGGAGAGAUCUCAGCAGGAAAUAUCCCCUUCAGGUCGAACAGCCAAGUGCCAACAUUUGGGACUGCUUGCCUGACAAAAGUGAUGAAAGCUCCUUAUGGCAGAGAGAGCCAGCUAACGCAUGCUCAGUAACCAACUUGAUCAAGGAUCUCAGCCUUAGUGACCGCAAUGGCAAUCCUUCAGCACCACCCAGCAAACGCCAGUGCCGAUCACUCUCUUUUUCUGAUGAGAUGUCUAGUUGCCGGGCUUCAUGGAGGCCCACAGGAUCAAAGGUCUGGACUCCUGUAGAAAAGAGACGUUGCUACAGCGGGGGAAGCGUGCAGCGUUACUCCAAUGGAUUCACAACCAUGCAGAGAAGUUCAAGUUUUAGCCUUCCUUCCAGGUCAAGUACUCUCUCCUCAUCAUAUGACCAGAUGGGAUUUAGCAAUAGAUUUGGGUGUCAGCCAUGCCAAGGAAUGCGAAAGUCAGCCACUUACGGACAGACAGGUGAUAUUUGGGGUAAUGAUCAUAGCUCUUCUGAAAGUGGCAGGAUUGACAUCCAACGAUCUCUCUCUUGUUCCCAUGAUCAAAUUUCCUUUUUGGAAUAUUGUCUGCCCUCAGCAAACAGCACACCUGCCUCGACACCAGAGUUGACAAGGCGCUCCAAUGGGCUUUCUCGAAGUCGGUCUCAACCAUGUGUCCUUAAUGACAAGAAAGUUGGAAUUAAGCGAAGACGACCUGAAGAGGUAAAGGAACAAAGACCUUCAUUGGACCUUGUCAAGAUGACACAGAACUGUCAAACUUUCAACAGUCUUAGCACCACAGUCGAUGACUGCCCUCAGCAGAACCAGUUCUCCCUUGGCACCAGCAGCAAUAACUCAUGGGCCACCAAUGUGGACAUCAUGCCUGGCAGGACACCAGCCUGCACCCCUGUGCCAGAACCUCAUUCAAAUUCAGAAGAACACCAUCCUAACCAGGAAGAAGAUUUCUCCUACGAAGACUCAGAUUUCUGUGCUACAGAAGAUGAGAACAGUAGGAAAGAAGUUGAACACUCCUCAUGGAGGAACAGUGGGACUGGUGGGGAUAACAUCUUUCAGUUGGGUGGUGAAUUAGAUAUUGAGCAAAUAGAAAACAACUGAGAGCACUAAGGGGGAAGGAUCUGCCUGCACCAAGGUUUUUAGCAGUGGCAAACACAUGUUAAUGCAAACCAGAGGAGAAAAAUCUACAUUUUCCCUCUCCUUGGCAGGUGAACCAGUACAAAAAGCUUUGCCAAAAUUUGUUUAGCUUUUUUGGGGACUUAUUAGAACUACUGUAGCUCUUCAGAUAGAAAACUUCCAGUAGAACAUCAACAUAUUUUAAAGAAAAAGAAAGCUCUGUGGAUGUAUCAAAACUUGAAAGGAAAGACCAAAAACUCCUGGUCAUUUUUUUUUUCAAAGUAGGCUAAUUAGCCGCCUAGAAAGUCAGCAGGUCCAUCUCCUGAAGGGAAUGGCAUUUGGUAAUAUAAAUAAGCUUUUUCUUUUUUUUUUUCUUUUUUUUUUCUUUUUUGCUGUUGGCUGAUAUAAAUUGCACCUCAGCUAUCCUUAUCAAAGGAGCAAAAAGUGGAAAUUAGAAUUAUUAUUUGAAUUCAUUUUCUCUUGUUUUUAGAUCGCCUAUUAAUAGAUUUUACACAAUCUCACAAAUCAAAUUCUCAUAAUAUAUGUAAAGUCAUAAUUCCCAGAAUCACAGUUUGUUAUGGUCUACUAAACACACAGAUAGACAGAUAUACAUAGACAUACACUUACCAAUAACAUUAUGAAAAGAAAGCACAAUGGAUUUUAUCCAUAUCAGUAAAAGAGAUCUGUGCUUAUCCAAAUCAAACAUACAGGUAUCAUUUGCAAUGCGCUCUUACUCAUCUUCACCUGCACCAGAUUUAAUGGGUUGGAUGCACGCUUUGAUGCAUGACCUCUACUUCAUGGUUGCUAUUAAUUUAUCAGCAAGAAGAGGACAGAGGUUUUGUCUAGAGAAGUAAAAUAUUGAGAACAUUUUUGCACUCUUGAUAAUUUUAGUGAAAUUUCAAGGAAUAAUGAAAUUAAAUUGGUGAUACUAUAACCUGUAAUGGCGUAUGAUUUAAUAUGGGAGAGAUAUAAUUUAGUAGUUGGCAUCUGAAAAGAGAUCAUGGCUCUUAUCUGUGAAGUGAAGUUUCUUAAACCUGCAUUUUGUACCAUUUGUCGUCCUUGGUAUAUAGUCUAUCACAUUCAUCAGUAGAAAAAAAUUAAAGAUAAAUCUUGUUUUUCAGUCAUUACUCAGUAUUUAGGUAUUUUCAUCAGGUGAAAAGAUAAAAAUAAUAUAGAGUAUACAGUAAUGUGUUACUUCUAUCUUCAAUGAACAACAGUAGCCCAGUAGUUGAGCACACAUGGCACUGCUGAGUGGUCUGUGUCAGAUUACAUAUGACACUUUCUGCCCCUGCUACCACGAGAGAUGACUAUAACUAAGAGAAAAAGAAAAUACAUACAGCAGAAACCCACUUCCCUGUUUCUUUAAUUUGCUGUAGAAGAAAUUAAAUCUAGUGCAAAAUACAGGCAACCAAAUCUUGAAGAGUGUAUUAUUAUUAUUGUCAAAAAAGAAGAAGAUCUGAGUGCAUUAUUCAGCAUUUCCAUUGAUUUAUGUCACCUCAGGCACUGGGAAGCCUAGCUGUAGAUUCUAAAAGAUACCUCUACUAGUUUCCUUAUAUUCCCCUUCCUUUUUAAUAACCCCAAAAAGUCUUGAUCAAUGUUUCUCCACCUCAGUAAUUUUAAGAAGUGUGGACUUUACCUCCCAGACUUUCCCAUCCAGUAUGCUGGGAUUGAAGUCCAUGCAUCUUCAAGUUGCUGAGGUUGAGAAAUUCUCAUCUGGGGGAUUAUCUCUGUUUUAUUUUGGGCUUGGUUUGCCUUGCCCAAACCAUAAAAUGAUGGUUUAGUGUUUCACUGCAGAAGCAGUUUACACAGCCUGGUUUAUGAUAGCUACAUUAAGUCUUGUGAUAAAGAUGUCAUCACUCAUUUCCUGUUGUGGUAUUUAUAGAUUUUUCUCACCCUUUCAUUUUAUGCCCACACUGAUUUUGCUGGUCUCCUUCUCAGCUUUCAUUUCUGCAAUGUAUUAAAUCGUAUUACAUAUAGCAUCCCCAAAUUCACUAACCGUUUUAGCAUACAUCUUCCAAAGAUGGGGCAAAUAAUCAAGCAGAACCAGGGUUCUGUCUUCUAAACACUGGAAAUUCUGCUCAGCCACAGCUUUGGAUUCUGUUUUUUCAAAAUACAUCUAGCUUAUUUCUAGAAACAAAUGAAUAUGCACAGGUAUGUGUGUGUGUAUGUGUGUGGCUUUUGUAAAAUAAGUCUUGAUAUUCAGGAGACUAAACUUGGUGCUCAGCAUAAAGCCCAGGAAACCAUAGCCAUGUUCUGUCGCAUAAAUGUGACAGAAAUAUAGUCGUCUAAACUUGGUGCAGUUUUGACUUGAUUGUCAAGAUAUCUAAAGUAACAGAAGAUUUUAUUCAAUUGUAACACCAAGCCAUGCUUUAGUAACAGGCAAACAGGCCUUCAUUGUCAAAGCAUGCAAAUCUAAAUUGCCAAAAAUAGAGUUUGCAUUUCUCCUCUAAAAUAAGAUUAUAAUCCAUUAUCAGUCUAUCACUUACAAUUGUUAUUUAGUUGGUGAGCACAAAUCAUAGUUUGCAGAUUAUGAAACAAUGAUGCAUGAUUUAUUAUGAAGAAGAAUGGAAUUCAAUUUUCCUUAUGAAUUGAGUGGUUCUUGCAUUUUAUAUUUCAUUCUAAGGAAACUUGAUCAUAUAGCUAUGUAAACAGGGACAGAUAGAUCACAAUAGGUAAUGAGAAGAGCUUUAGACCAUAACUAUUCAGUGCUCUGCUUGACUUUCCAUUAUAUUGCUGGAACAUGUGUUUAACCACCACGAUGUUGAAUACAUAUUUUAAAAUAGCCUUUCUCACUUUAGUAUCCUCUAAUUGUGAUUAUAAUUCCCUGAAUUCACAGUAGUUUAAGCUAUGUGGGUGGCAGAGGCUUCGGGUUUUGCUCUAACAAAACUAAUACAAAAUGCUGUUUGAGAUUCUAAUAUUCACUUGACACUCCAAUAGUUACCCUUCCACCUCUUAAUUCCUUACAUUGGACAACCAACAAUGAUAAUUUAGCACAUAAUGACGCAACCAAGUUAUUCAGUUAUAAAUGAAUAAAGUCCUUUCUUUAUGGAAGGAAAAACAAGAGAUUAUUUCUUAAAAAUGGUAUCCUAUUUUUAUCUUUUCCCGUAAUGGCAUUAAUGCGUAUGGCACCUAAAUCACAGAAGAUCUCAUCUAAGCUAAAGCUUUACAAUUGCUCAUUUAAACUUUCACAGUAGGUUUUAUUUCUUCACAUGUUCAUUUUUAUUAUUUUCUGUCUGAAUCUUAUGUGACAUAUAGGCCAUACGUGUAUGUGUGUAUGCGCAUACAGAUACAUAAGUGAAAAUAAAAAUAGUAUUAAGCUGGAAUAUCUAUUUACAUUUGAUGCCAUGGAAUAACUUGGUGGUCUUUAUGAAAAGACUCUGUUUUCAUGCUUGCAAAAUCUGUCAAUUGCAACCCAAGUUAACAUACAUUACUUGCUUUCAGAAACAUAGAAAAGUUAUAAGGGGCAAGUUUUCAUAAAUUUGAGUUGGAAUUAGGUUUUGUUUUAAUAAUUUGGUCUGGAUUAAUUAUUUUUAGAUCUCACUGUGGGUUAUCAGGAUCAUGACAGAUCUGGAAGUCUUCCUUCUGUAUCUUUCUUGUAAAACCUCUUACUGCUUUUGACCCUUCCCUACCAAUUUUACCAGGUAAUGGUAGUGGCUGUAAUUAUGUAGCAAUGUUAUUAUGAACACUGAAUGUUAGGAGCUCUGAGAAAAUCUCUUUAUCUUGGCAAUAGUAUCAGUGCCACUGCUCCAGGUACAUUGCACUCGCGUAAAUGUGUCUGGCCUGAGCUUCUAAAAAUUGUACUUAUGCCAACAUUCUGUAAUUCCUGUAGGUUUUGGUUUUUUCACAAAAACCAUAUUCCAGUCCUUCCACCAGCUUUUGGUGUAAAGAUAAAACAGUGAUUGGUGUGUAUGUGUCUAGCUGACUCUAAGACAAAUCCCAGCAUUUAAUUGAUAUUGAUCAUCUGAAUGUUAAGAAUACCAUUUUUCCCCCCAAGGCAAAAUUAUCCACUUUCAGACUUCAGCUCCAUUAGUAGUGUGACUGCUAAAGAAAGCUUAAUCCUUCCUGAUCAAAAGAAAGCUUAUAAGGCAAGGGUGUCAAACUCAUGGUGUCAUGUUAUCGUCACAUGACAUAUCACGACUUUCCCCCCUUCACUAAAAUGAGGGUGGGCAUGGCCAGUGUGUGAUGCACCUGCCCUGCGGGCCACGAGUUUGACACCCCUUUUAUAAGGCACACUGGGGGAAGAUGCUUGGCAAUUACACACUCUGAAAAGAAGAUUUUGUUUUUCUUUUUCCUGAAUUUUGUUCUGCUAGAAAAGUAUUAUGAUACUUUGGUGUUCUGCUUUAGAGACAGGAACUUCUGCAGCCUGAACACAAAGCUAUUGCUGCUGUCCUUCGCAACACCAUCCAAGGAAUCACAUUUUCUUCUUGAGAAUUUCUUCCUACAUGGAAGACCUGGAGAAAGAGUAGGUGAAAUGAAUGGCAGAGGGGUUUGGAUAUUACAGUAUUUUGUGAUAAAUGAGAAAGAAUAAAAUAUGUGUGAGGCAUGUGAAAUCACUUUUAACCAUACAAGUUGCUUACCGGUAUUAGUGAGGACAGCACCAGAGUCGAGUGGUGGUAUAAAAUUUGCCUUUGUUCAAGUGAUAGCCAAGCUCUUACUAGAAAGAUAACCUUUCUACUGAGUGUAAUAAUUAAAUACAUUUAUGCUGACAAACAAAGCCUGUUGUUUAUCACCUGAAUGUCACUAUGGGCAAAAAUUACAAUGGCAAAUGAAUCAUCUUUAAUUAUUGAUAUAAAUAGAGUUCAGUCUGUAGGGUGAAAUGUGCAAGUAUGCAUACCAUGUUAUUAGAUACAGGUUUUGGUUGUAUAACAUCUGGACAACCAAUCAGGUAGCAUUGAGUAAGCUCAAAGAGCUUAUUCAAUGCAAAUUUUGAAUAAUAGAUUUGAUACUCAGGUUACAUUUAUACAGUCAAAGAUCUGUUGAGCAGUGGUUGAAAAUUCCUACCAUGGUAUAUUGGAAUAGGCACUCAAAUGGAUUAUUACUUAGGCUGUAAAAUUGUCAGAUAUGGCACAUUGAUCCAUAUUUCUUAUCAGCAUAGCUGUUCUUAUUUUUUUCUUUGAAAAAAAAAGCACUCUGUGCAAAUAUAAUUCUGUGCAAAUAUAACAUUUAGCUGUGGUACUGUUAAAAUAAUUGCAAUUUUUGGAUCAGAUCCAUAUCAUGAUUGUAGUUGUGCAUAUAUAUGUAGGUCUUUGGUUAUUCAGGUUUUCUUCCGCGUAAAACCCGAAUAACCAAAGACCUACAUAGAAACACCCGCGAAAACCUCAAAACACACACACACACACACACACACACACACA